AUGGCGAGCAUCGACCGCUAUCGCCCCCCUCGAGAGGGCUAUCAACCUCCGAGUCUCCAGGGAUCUGCGCGCCAUGAGAGGCAGUCUCGGUCGCCUCCUCGCCGUCGCGAAGUCCCUCCAGCUGCACCUACGCCUCCACAGCACAGCGCACGCACUUCUCCUCCGCGACCGCAAGCCGUAUCCAGCCAGCAGACGCCAUCGCGCUCUGGAGAGGAAACGCCAUUGGCGCUACCGAAUCAGUGGUUCUUCACGACGGACGAGGUUCAAAGCACGCCUUCAAUAAUCGAUGGAAUCUCGCCUUCGGAAGAGAGGCUUCGCAGGGCGAAGGGAAUCAACUUCAUCUAUCAGGCUGGCGUGAUGCUUGAUCUGCCACAGAUUACGCUGUGGGUGGCCGGCGUUUUCUUUCACAGAUUCUACAUGCGCUUUAGCAUGGUUCAAGAGAAAGGGGGCAUCCACCACUAUAACAUUGCCGCGACUUCCUUGUUUCUAGCAAACAAGACCGAAGAGAACUGCAGGAAGACCAAGGAAAUCAUCAUUGCCGUUGCUCGAGUGGCACAGAAAAAUACGAAACUGGUUAUUGACGAGCAGAGCAAAGAAUACUGGCGAUGGAGAGACAGCAUCCUAACGUACGAAGAAGUCAUGCUAGAACAGCUGGCAUUCGACCUGAUGAUUGAUAACCCUUAUCGUCAUCUUUUCGAACUCCUAGGACAACUGGAAGUUAUCCACAACAAGCACUUGCGGCAGGCGGCUUGGGCAUUCUGCAACGACGCGUGCUUAACGGCCCUGCCACUCUUGAUUGAAGCGAGAGAUGUCGCCAUCAGCUCCAUCUAUUUUGCCUGCGCCCACACAAAUCAGCAAAUCGAUGACGUAAACGGAGAGGGUUGGUGGAAGUUCCUGAAAGGGAGCGAGGACUGCUGUACAAAGGCCAUUGAGGCGAUGCGUCAGUUUUACACGGAGAAUCCGCUUAGGAAGCAGAACCCAUCACUGCCAUCGCCGGCGUUCCAUCUUGAAAACACACGGAGGCGAAAUGAUGCAUUGAACGAUACCCAAUCAUCCAACGCUGGAACGCCGAUGGAACUAGACCGAGAGAGUCAUAGCCCAGGCCCCAAGGUGAAUGGGGGGACCGACCGACACUCGGAAGCAAGAGACAGAGAGCACGAGGGCUCCCUAAAAGCGCCAGGCGAUGGUGAAUACGCACCGCGAUCCCCGUCGAAGAGAAAGGAUGCAGAGGCCGAUCUGUCUGCGGAGAGUGAAAGGGCCGAAAAACGGGCCAGACUCUCGGAAGAUGAGGGUGAGCUGGUGGAAGACUAG